AUGUCCUGGUGCUUCCUGGCCCCUCAGGUCUCAAGGUUCCCACAAAGUGUUUGCUGCUGUGCUGGGCACCACCCACCCCUCACCUUGCAGGCUGCCUGCGUGGGAGGCGAAGUCCCAGGACAGCCCAGAGCGGGGCUACAGAGAGGAGUCGGCUGCAGCAGAGGGCAGGAGCCCCAGCUUAGCCCUGAGCGCCAGCGCGAGGGCCAGGGCUUGCCACUAAGCCCGCCCCGCUGGCCGCCAGCUGCCGGUCCCCAGAGCCACUGCAGCAGGAGUCGGGCCCUGCCUCCCUCCCAGCAGGGAAACCCCGCCCGCUGCCAGGCCAUCCUCUCUGCUAGAGGCUUUCAUGAGCCCCAAGCCUGGGGCCACAGCUUCUACUCCUGCCCAGCAGCCCUGAGCCCAGCUGCAGGAAGGACAUCCCAGAAGCCAUUGCUCCUGGGGCGCUUCCCGGCAUUCUGCCCUGCCCCGACACCAGAACCCUGGUGCUGGCGGGCCACUAGGGUCUGCAGCCUGAGCAGGCGCCGGCUCAGGGUUCAUCCUUCUGCCUUGUCCACUGGGGGGACCAGCCCCACAGACCACUCUGACAAGUCUUCAGCCCACACCCUGCCAGCCCCACAGAUUUUAUUUUUGCACAUAAGCCAUAACCAAUCCUCAAGGCUGGCACAGGCUUUGGGGAAGCCCUGGAGCUUGCCCAUCACCAACGGCCCCUCCCUCCACCGUGGCAGCCUGGAAUCACUCUUCCUCCAGCACCUGAGGCCCCAAGAAGGGACCCUGACAGGCUCUCCAGUGGCUUUUCUCAGCACAGCUUCCUCUGACCAAUGUCUCCCCCUGCAGCCCAAUCCUUCACCUUCUGCAGGUAAAGCCUGA